UCCUCAAAUAUGGGUUGCAGAAAUGGAGGACAAUUCCAACCCCAAGAACAAGACAGAAGAUCAUCGUCAAUUGUGAACGAUGCCUUGCUCUUAACCACCAUGUGCAUCAUUGGCUUCCCUGUUGAUGUUCACAUCAAGGAUGGUUCCAUCUAUUCUGGAAUCUUCCACACUGCUUCUGUUGAUGACCAUUAUGCUAUUGUGUUGAAACGAGCAAGGAUGAUCAAGAAAGGAAGCUGUGAUUCAAAUGUGGCGAAUGAGGGGGUGAUAGGAACACUUGUAAUCCAGUCAGAGGAUCUUGUCCAAGUGGUUGCCAAGAGAGUACUGCUUCCCGCGGAUGGUUUUGCUGGCCAUGAAACCGGGGAUGAUACGGAGGCUGUGGCUUGCGCUUUUCCUUCUAACGGAACUCCAUUGACAGAAGCAAAUAAAACAAUCUCUAGCAUGUCAAAUGUUGAUCAGCCACAUGCUAAUCAAACAAGAUGCUCAUCCGGGACUGAGAAUGGGCUUGCUAAUGGCUUUAGGCCCGAGCUUGCUAUUCACUCGAGUAAUGUUCUGGAAGUCAAUAGAAAAGCAGAUCUCAGAGGCUCAACAAAGAAAGAAGAAUCUUUGAAUGAUCAAGAUGAUAACAGAAAGAACGGAUCUAAAGUCCCUGCUAACGGAAUACUCCCUGAUGGUGCUGCUUCUUCUACUUCCAAGAAACAAGAAACUGUUGACGCUGUUCCUUCUGCUACGAUAUCUUCAGAACCAUCAUCAACUCCAAGUGAACCCGUCACUUCAAAAAUCUUGAAUCCUAAUCGAGCCACUAAGGAAUUUAAACUUAACCCUGGAGCAAAGAUCUUUUCGCCAUCAUUUCCGAAUAAGAGAUCGGCUACUCCUCCAGCAAUGCCAGCGGGUGCAAAUCUUGCAUAUGUUCCAGACGGUUAUCCUGCAGUACCAGUUGCUACUCCGCAGCCAGAAGUUGAAGUCAGCCCAUAUGCUCAUCAUCGUCCAGUGCCCGUUAAGUUUGUUCCAUAUGGUAACUUGAUUUCUGGAAAUGGAGGCGGCGAUGUUCAACAUCCUCCACCUAUUGUUGGAUAUGUGGCAAAUAGGAGUCAGCCGGUUAGAUAUGGUGGCCAAUAUCAUCCUGUUCAAACAGCGCCUACCUAUGUUCAACCAAGCUCUCAGAAUGUAAUGGUUGGAAGAUUGGGACCGGUUUUCUACGUCCAUCCACUUCCUCAAGACAUGGUCCCGAGUACAACUGGUUUCUCUCAAGGGUCUACGUGCUCUAUCUUAACUCCGCACCAAGUCCACGUCCCUAAACACCAAGGAACCGGAGCGGCCCAAGCAUUGCAGCUAUGUGCGACGCCUCCAUUUAUAGCUGCGGGUGGUCAAGCACCGUUUGUGUUGCCGAGCCACAUUCCGAUUUCGCAACCGCCGUACCCUGUGAUCCGUCCAAUCUCGGUCCCGGGGUCUAAUGGUUUCUUAGUAUCAAAGUAUUCUUGAAUCGAGAAAAUAGAGGUUUCCCUUAUUGUUUGGUUUAGAGAGAGAGAGAGAGAGAGAGAUGAAAAGG